AUGCUCUGCUCUUUACCGCGAUUCCGCGGGUUCCUCCUUGAUAAUCCGUUCACCAAACUUGCCAGACCCGAAUCUGAGCGUGUGACAACAAAUAAUAAAUGCGAUUAUUAUUGUAACGAUAUGUGGUUGAGAGUAGCUGCAAUACUUGGAAUAUUAAUAGCAAUUGAUGCGUUCCAGAAUUGUCCGAACGGUUGUGAUUGCCUUCCUGAUCCGUUAGUCGAAUCUUCGUUUCUAUACGUGUGUCGAUGGUCUUCGUUACCUUCUGAUUUUAAUUUUUCAAACUCCUCUUCUAUUCGCUCUCUUCAAAUCGUAUGCGAAGACGGUUUUUCGUUACCUAAUAGCCUUUUCCGUACUCUUGGAGGAUUGCAGCAUCUGCGAAUAGAGGCUUGCCGAUGGGGUGGUGAACUUCCAGAGGAGUUGUUUGAACCGCUGAAGAAUUUGCGUUCAUUACAUCUGCAUGAGGUUUCUUUGGCUCACGAGACCUUGGGAGUCUCGGAUGAUGCUCUGGCUAACCUAAAGCGGCUUGAAAAACUUAGCAUUACUAGUUCUAACCUCGUACACAUACCAGAAAAACUUUUCUGCAGUCUAAAAAAUCUUCAGGUCCUGAACGUAUCAUCGAAUUGGAUUUCGACUCUCUCCUCCUCCGCUCCUCAUUGCAUAGCAAAUCAACUGAUUAUUGUUGACUUUUCUCACAAUCGUUUGGAUCGACUAGGAACGGAAUUAAAUACUUUGCCAGCUGUGCGACAGCUAUCCUUGUCGAAUAAUCGUCUUUCGUCCAUUGAACAGGGUUCACUUCUGAAGUGUCCACUAUUGCAGCAGCUCGAACUUAAUAAUAAUCUACUUGAAGGAAUCGAGAACUUACCAGAGACGUUAAUUCAUAUUAAUCUUGCUUCUAAUCAACUGUCUACCAUUCCACCAUCCCUAGUUGUGUUACCACAUCUUGUUUCCUUGAAUUUAUCGCACAAUUCAAUCGAUGAAAGUUCUCCAAAUGUUUUCACCUCCAAUGUGCUUGAACUCUUGGACUUGUCAUGGAAUCGUAUCAGCACUAUUCCAUCGAGACUUUACCCAAAUUCCAUGGGUUCGCUGGUGCAUCUUCACUUAGAAGGGAAUCGUAUUCCAGAGUUGAAACCGUUGGAACUUAUGAAUUAUACACGGUUGCAGACUCUUAACAUUGCCUCAAAUCGCUUGGAAAAACUUCGAGAUGAUAUUUUUGCUGGUCUCAAUGAGUUGUCCGCACUUCGCUUGGCCAACAACUCUAUCGAUACUGUGGAACCGGCUGCUUUUGCGGAUUUAACCUUAGGUGAUGUUGACCUUUCACAUAAUCGUCUAACCGAGGUUCCAAUUGCCAUUGGACGUCUAUUCAGACUCAAGAAAAUUGACCUCAGCCAUAACAAGAUUAAAAAACUGCAUCAAUUCAUCUUCAACAAGAUCUCACAUCUUCAUACUAUCGACCUCAGCCAUAACGAGUUACCAUCGGUCAGCCCAUAUGUGUUCUCAGACUGUGCCUACUUGACAUCAUUGAACCUGUCUCAUAACCAUAUCUCACAGCUGUUCCACGAUUCAUUAGCUAAAUGCCCAUUGCUGAAAAGAAUCGACCUUUCGGAUAACCGUUUAGGAUCCUUAGCUGAUGCACUAUCGCAAGCGCUGGCAGUGCGUCGAUUGGAUGUGUCUCGAAAUCGCUUGGAACUACUACAAUGGGAUGAGCUUCCUCCUCGUUUAGAGCAUCUUAUCGUGGAUUCGAACAUUAUUUCACUUCUGGGAGCUGCCAUCAAGUCUAAAGUACGCACAGCUUCCCUACGUGGGAAUCGCAUAGAACAACUAUCUGCUGACCAGAUCCCAGACACACUUGAGAUCCUCGACUUGUCUGCGAACCGUGUCCAACACAUCGCGGCUGCAACAUUCGCCGCAAAGACAUCACUGCGAUCGCUCGAUCUUAGCGACAACCGUUUACCGCAUCUCGCUGAAGAGUCGUUACUUGCUGAUGGAGUUCAUAGCAUUGAUGCGAACUUACGUGGGAAUCCGUUACGAUGUAGUUGUGAGCUGCAUUGGAUCAAAAAACAGGAAAUUGUUAAGAGAAAAGUGAAUGUUGUUGACAUGUCGGAAACUCUCUGCACGCAUCCAGUCACUGGUAAGGUUCUACCGCUGGAUAAGGUGGAUUCUAAGGAUCUUCUCUGUGAAUAUUCACAAGUGUGUGAACCGGACUGUGUAUGCUGUCAAUUCGGGAAUUGUGACUGUAAGGCUGUAUGCCCGACUGGAUGUGCCUGUUUUAGAGAUGCCCUUUUUGAAACGAAUGUAGUACGCUGUGAACAUUUGACUGAAGCUGAUAUGAAGAGCUUUUCCCCGUCUGCGGUUCCCAUAUCUGCCACACAUGUGCACUUAUCUGGAUUAUCCAUUCCAAUUUUACGAAGUCAUUCAUUCCUUGGUCGUCCACGGCUUGAACAUCUAUUCAUUAACGGUUCUGGUAUUCGUGGAAUUCAACCAAAAGCAUUUAACACGUUGCCGAAACUCAAGCUAUUGGAUCUGUCUGACAAUGCUAUAGUACGUCUUUCUGGUGACGAGUUUCAUAAAACAUCUGCCAUUUCACAUCUGUUCCUCAAUGGAAAUCGUUUGCGAACUGUGGAAAGAGGAUUGACUGAGAAACUUCCAUCGUUGACGACGCUCUCAUUACACAAUAACGAUCUGACUGAUGUCUCCUCGGCAUUAAUGUCAUCUGGUGUGCGAUCAUUGUCGUUGUCCGGCAAUGCGUUUCGCUGCGAUUGCACUCCACGAUUCUCGGCACCGAUGUGGAUACACGAGAAUCGCGCUAAAGUGGUUGAUAUGGAUCGUGUACGAUGUGUUGAGAACGUUACAGAAUCGUUUCGUAACAAUGAUACCACCGUUCUGUCAGCAUAUCCACCAAAUGUUGGACACGACAUCUUCACUAUGUCAAUGGAUGAAUUUCUUCGAGAUUUCAACCGUACUAUUUGUGUGCCGGCCUCUUCGGGAUUUUUCGGUCAAGAACCUCAAAAUUCUAUCCUGACAGUGAUUUUCCUCACAUCUUGCGCUUUUCUGCUAUGUGCGAUGACACUUCUUGGUGUAUCCCUAGUGAGGAAAGCACACAAUGAUAUGAGCCAACGAAGAUACAAGGCUUCUUCGUCACUCAACUGCUCAUCAACUCCUGGAUCAUCCCCGUUACCAGUACCUUUGUUAAAUUUUGAUGCUUUUGUCAGUUACUCCAAAAAAGAUGAGAAAAUGGUGCUAGAACAGCUUUGCAGACCUCUUGAAGAUGAAGAGUAUGCGUUAUGUCUUUUACAUCGUGACGGUCCAGCUUAUCACUCACGGCUCCAUGCGAUCUCAGACGAGCUUAUAUCGCAAAUGGAAGCUUCCCAGUGUCUCGUGAUUGUGUUGACGAAGAAUUUCCUAGAAAGCGAAUGGAAGACGCUACAAAUAAAGACAUCACAUCAACUGUUUGCGAAGAACAGAAGCAAACGAGUGAUUGCCGUGUUAGGCGAAGGAGUUGACCAAAACUUACUUGACGAAGAAUUAGGACAAAUUUUGCGGAAAAACACAUGCAUCCGCCAACGGGACCAUCUAUUCUGGCAAUUGUUACGCAGCGCACUGCCGACACGAUUGGCUAGUGUUCCCGGAAGCGGCGAUGACGCUUCACAGAUUUAUUCCGAUAUGUACGGUAUAGUGCCGUCGGCGGUGCUCUAG